AUGGCUUUAAUUUUUUGGGGGGCUAGUUGUGGCAGAGGUUCUUCUUGGGGCUGGAAAGGAAUUAUCCAAGGGCGUAAGGUGCUUGAAGCCGGUUUGAGAUGGAGAAUUGGAAAUGGGAAGAUUGUGCGUAUUAGUGAAGAUGGAUGGUUGCCCAAGCCGUACGCUUUUAAGGUUCUCUCUCGACACCCGGAUAUGCCUCAUCGAGUGAUGGACCUUAUUGAUCCUGAGGUUAGAAUAUGGCAACGUGAUCUAAUCCAAAGAUACUUUACUCUUGAGGAGGCCCAACUUAUCCUACCCAUGGUCAUUAGCUGGUGGGGUUGUCCAGACAGACAAAUAUGGCACUUUAUAAAACAUGGCAGGUAUACCGUUAAGUCUGGUUACGACUUGGCAAUCAAAUUGAGAAGAAAUGGAGUGAUUAGCCGAAAAGGAGAGGGUGAAUGCAGCAACCAAAGUGGACAAAGAUGUCCCUGGAAACGUAUUUGGGCUUUGCAAAUGCCUUCUAAAACCUGGAUGUUCAUCUGGCGGUGCUGCCGAAAUGUUUUAGUUGUCCACGAGAACUUCAGACGACGACAUGUCUAUGUGGAGGUUGACUGUCGACUAUGCGAUGUGCAUGGGGUAGAAGUAGAAGAUUUCCUUAGUUGUUGGGAAUGUUUGCUUCAGAAGUUUGCACAUGAUGAAAAGAUGGAUGAGAUUCUUCAAAUUAUGGCAUUUGGAUUGUGGAGAAUUUGGAAAGGGAGAAAUUGGUAG